AUGAAACUCAAACUCACCGACUUCAUCCGGGACCAAUACACCUCCCUCUCCCUCCCAUCCCCAUCCCAAUCACAACUAACGAACAAAACCAUCCUCAUCACCGGCGGCAACACCGGCCUCGGCUUCGAAACAGCUGUGCACUUCGCAUCGAUGGCGCAGCCGCUGGCGCCCGCGCGCGUCGUGAUCACGUGUCGGACGGCGGAGAAGGGGGCGGAGGCUGUGGCGCGGAUUGUUGGGCGUGCGGGCGGGAGGGCGGUUGCGGUUGCGGUUGCGGGGGGUGUUGACGUUGGGGGAGGGCAGGGAAAGGGAAAGGGUGAGGUAGAAGGAGAGGGAGAGGGAGAGGGAGAGGGGCAGGGGCAGACAGCGGAGGAAGAUGGGAAGGUGAGAGUCGAAGCGCGCGUCCUGGAGCUCACGGAUUUCGCGUCGGUCCGCGCGUUCGUGGACGCGUUCGAGCGCGCGCAUGAGAGGCUCGACAUUCUCCUCGCCAGCGCAGCUGUAUCACCUACCAAGCUCGGGUUCACAGCCGACGGAUGGGAGACGACGACACAAGUGAACAUCCUCUCCCCCGCUCUUCUCACACUCCUCCUCAUCCCAUGCAUGAUGCGCACCGCGCACCGAUACAAAACGACACCGCGCAUCCUCCUCGCGACGAGCGAGCUACACCAUAUGGCCACGCUCGACGCCGCUAUGCUCGAUUCAGGCCGCUUUUUUAGGAUGUAUGGGUAUAAAGACGAUAUGGAUAUCAAAACGUGA